UGAUAUAAAGUGAGCCGGCGGAAACAAAGCCCGUCUCCAUGGUGACGCUAGGCCUCCUUGUCGCACCGAUGACGUUUCUGAGUAGCGUGGCGAUGACGUGUUGUGUUUAUGUCUUGCAGCCGCUGAGGUAACGGGCUUGUCACGGUCAUGGCUAUGUUCCGGAACCUGGUGUCUUCUUCGCAGCACCGGCAACAUCACUCGCACCAGUCUCUGGCGACUCCGUCCUCCGCAGACAGUAUAGAGACGCAAUAUGGCUGCCCCAUCUGUCUGGAGGUUUAUUAUAAGCCCGUGGCCAUCGGGAGCUGCGGACACACGUUUUGUGGUGAGUGCUUGCAGCCAUGCCUCCAGGUCUCUUCCCCACUCUGCCCACUUUGCCGUAUGCCUUUUGACCCAAAGAAGGUAGAUAAAGCAUCCAAUGUAGAUAAACAACUCUCUUCGUACAAAGCUCCCUGCAGAGGCUGCAGUAAAAAGGUAACCCUUGCAAAGAUGAGAGCUCACAUCUCCUCAUGUGCUAAGGUACAAGAACAGAUGGCCAACUGCCCAAAGUUUGUUCCAGUUGUCCCAACAUCCCAACCCAUUCCCAGCAAUAUCCCAAAUCGAUCCACAUUUAUAUGUCCAUAUUGUGGAGCCCGUAACCUUGACCAACAGGAACUUGUAAAGCACUGCAUGGAGAAUCAUCGGAAUGACCCUAACAAAGUGGUAUGCCCAAUCUGUUCAGCAAUGCCAUGGGGGGAUCCAAGCUACAAGAGUGCCAACUUCCUCCAACAUCUGCUCCACCGACAUAAAUUUUCUUAUGAUACAUUUGUGACAGGUAAUAAGGACUUCCCCAGUGGCCUAAUGACUAACCUUUUCAAAACACAGAAACAGGGUGGACUUCACUGCGCACAGGUACCGGAUGGCACGAAACGUGUAAGGCUAUGUAUUGAUUUAUUUUUUGCCCUAAAAUAAAGUUUUCGUUUUUUUUACAAGCCUGUUUGUGGGAUCUGUGAGUGCCUGCCGUUUUCUCUUUUGGUUACAUACUAAAUAAAACCUUGUCCUCAUGACACAUGGAGCCAAAUUUCCCUUUCUCCAUACUCAAUACUUCUACUUCACACAAGCAAUCCACUAUGCAAGGAAUGUUUUGUGUAAGAUGACAGACCAAGACCAUGCCAAUCCUUUUAAUCAUACAUGGAAAGGAGACAAUACUCGCCAUUCAACUGCAGUUAUUCAUAAUUUCCUCAGAACAGACCUAGAUCCCUCCAUUGGAGAUACAUCACUCAGGAACUGAGCUGACUCUAUCCUGAACACCAGCACUCUCGAUAUACUCAAACUUCACUCUCCCACUAGGAGAAUCACUCUUAGUCAAUACCAAAUUAUGGCUUUACAGCUCCUACACAAAUCCUAUUUAACUCAUUACAAAGAUUUAAAAUGGGUCUGCUGGAUAUUUGGAUUUGGUGAGGUGAAAAUGUGUGGGGGCUCACCAUUCAGCGUGACAGUCUUUGAACCAUUAACAUAAAUGCAAAUUAACUACUUAAUGACAUUUUUAUUGCAAAUGACAUACUACUUGUCAUUUCUUUCAACUUUCAAACCUUACAUUGAUUGGGCGCUCUUCAGCAAAGUCAAAGGAGGUCAACAAAUAACUAAAGCCAACAAAGCCCUAGCAAAAAGACUGGCUGGUUUUAUGUUAUGUUAAUUGAACAUUGUUUUGGUGUCAUUAUUUGCAUAUUUAGUUUUUCCUAUAUUUCAAAACAGGAUUCCCAUUACCUUCAUACAAUUUCUAGAAAAAAAGAGCCAGCGCCAUAGGCACAGGACCAACAAACAAAAUAUAGGGCAAUAUUGUUUCAAACACCACUUUGUGCUAAGUAGGGCUUUGCUAUAUUAUCUCUAAAUGUGAACCAUUGUCGAUGUUUCCACCACCAUUGUUAUAAAGACUAAAGAAAGGUUUUCAAACUCUCCUUAUCAGGUUUCAAGGUGGGUACUCACAAACAUAAACGUGUAUCUUUGCGUAUAUAGAGACUUUCCAGCGUCUAUUUCACUUUCUUCUUGUGCAACUGUUAAAAGAUAUGUGGCAGCAAAAUAGUGUAAAACCUUUUUAUUUUAAAAGAAUAAUUAAAAAAUGUACUCACAUGGCAUCUCAUAUAAAAUGCAUAAUAUUGCACCGUCCUGGUAAGGAACCGUCCCCUUAUGGAGUCUGCAAGUCUCUGGCAUCUGUUGUAUGUAAAACCAGUCUGCAGCGUUUUUCCUCGUGUCCUCCGAUCGGGGCGCCUUCCAGUGACGUCACCAGCCUUUUAUUUCCUUUCCCAUUACCUUCAUAACAGACUUUGCACCACCAAUAAUCUUGGCACAUAUGUUGCUUUGGGUUAUAAAAAAAAUUAAGAGUACCCAAUGUACAAAUUUUACUAGUCUAUACAGGCCAAUCUUUGGAUCACAUGCAGACAGGCCAGAACUCCAGCACAAUUGUUAGCUUCUCGAAGUUGCACUCAACCAAAGAAACUUAUGGAGACCACUUGUCCUUUUCCAAAUUGGCUUUAUUUAAGUGACAUAGUGGCAAUGAUAGUGCAAAUCAACACCACAAAGUCUGGUGAGCUCCGCUCAAAUAAUUCCUAUUUUUUUUUUUUAGGCCAUAUUUGAGACUAGUAACAUAGUAAGUUAGGUUGAAAAAAGG